AUGAUUACAUUAUCAUCAUCAUCAUCAUCAUCAUCAUCAUCAUCAUCAUCAUCAUCAUCAUCAUCAUCAUCAUCAUCAUCAUCAUCAUCAUCAUCAUCAUCAUCAUCAUCAUCAUCAUCAUCAUCAUCAUCAUCAUCAUCAUCAUCAUCAUCAUCAUCAUCAUCAUCAUCAUCAUCAUCAUCAUCAUCAUCAUCAUCAUCAUCAUCAUCAUCAUCAUCAUCAUCAUCAUCAUCAUCAUCAUCAUCAUCAUCAUCAUCAUCAUCAUCAUCAUCAUCAUCAUCAUCAUCAUCAUCAUCAUCAUCAUCAUCAUCAUCAUCAUCAUCAUCAUCAUCAUCAUCAUCAUCAUCAUCAUCAUCAUCAUCAUCAUCAUCAUCAUCAUCAUCAUCAUCAUCAUCAUCAUCAUCAUCAUCAUCAUCAUCAUCAUCAUCAUCAUCAUCAUCAUCAUCAUCAUCAUCAUCAUCAUCAUCAUCAUCAUCAUCAUCAUCAUCAUCAUCAUCAUCAUCAUCUGAUUUUCUUCUAGUGAGUAAAGCUUCUUAUAUUUAA